GGAAACUGGGAGUGAGCCGCAGGUGCGGAUGGCUGCCUGGCUGGCGUGAAAAGCGGGGCCCGGAGCCACCAUGGAGCACAUCCGGAUGCCCAAGGUGGAAAAUGUUCGGUUACUUGAUCGUGUAUCCUCAAGAAAAGCUGCACUGGGAACCUUGUAUUUAACAGCUACCCAUGUCAUAUUCGUGGAGAAUGCUUCUGAAACUCGUAAAGAAACCUGGGUUCUCCACAGCCAAAUUUCCUCCAUUGAGAAGCAGGCCACAACUGCCACAGGUUGCCCACUGCUGAUCCGCUGCAAGAACUUCCAGGUCAUCCAGCUGAUCAUCCCUCAGGAACGAGACUGCCACGAUGUUUACAUCUCUCUAAUACGUCUGGCACGGCCAGUGAAAUACGAAGAGCUGUAUUGUUUCUCAUUCAAUCCAAAAUUAGAUAAAGAAGAACGAGAACAAGGCUGGAAGCUUGUGGACCUCAAUGAAGAAUAUAACCGGAUGGGUAUUCCGAACGAUUACUGGCAGAUUAGUGAUGUUAACAGAGACUAUGGCGUCUGUGACUCCUAUCCUACAGAAGUGUACGUACCAAAGUCUGCAACUGCACACAUCAUAGUGGGGAGCUCUAAAUUCCGGAGCCGAAGGCGUUUCCCAGCUCUUUCCUACUACUGCAAGGAUAACAAUGCCUCCAUAUGUAGGAGCAGCCAGCCUUUAACUGGCUUUAGUGCUCGAUGUCUUGAGGAUGAACAGAUGCUCCAGGCCAUCAGAAAAGCAAACCCAGGAAGUGAUUUCCUAUAUGUUGUUGACACUCGACCCAAACUCAAUGCAAUGGCAAACCGAGCAGCAGGGAAGGGAUAUGAGAAUGAAGACAACUACUCCAACAUCAAGUUUCAAUUCAUAGGCAUUGAGAACAUCCACGUCAUGAGAAAUAGUCUGCAGAAAAUGCUUGAAGUUUGUGAGCUGAAAUCACCUUCAAUGAGUGACUUUCUGUGGGGCCUUGAAAAUUCAGGUUGGCUGAAGCAUAUCAAAGCCAUUAUGGAUGCUGGCAUUUUUAUUGCAAAGGCUGUGGCUGAGGAAGGUGUGAGUGUGCUUGUUCACUGCUCUGAUGGCUGGGAUAGAACAGCCCAGGUUUGCUCUGUAGCAAGCCUUCUGUUGGACCCCUAUUACAGAACUAUGAAGGGAUUCAUGGUUUUAAUUGAAAAAGAUUGGAUUUCCUUUGGUCACAAAUUUAACCACAGGUAUGGCAAUUUAGAUGGAGAUCCAAAAGAGAUAUCUCCUGUUAUUGACCAGUUCAUCGAAUGUGUCUGGCAGUUAAUGGAACAAUUUCCUUGUGCCUUUGAAUUCAAUGAGAGAUUCCUGAUCCACAUACAGCACCAUAUCUAUUCUUGCCAGUUUGGUAAUUUCCUGUGUAACAGCCAGAAGGAGAGACGAGAGCUGAAAAUCCAAGAACGAACAUAUUCACUGUGGGCUCACUUGUGGAAAAAUCGAGCAGAUUACUUGAAUCCUCUCUACAGAUCAAACCACAGCCAAACCCAAGGGACCCUGUACCCACAGAUGGCUCCAUGCAACUUCUUGUACAAGUUCUGGAGUGGUAUGUACAAUCGCUUUGAAAAGGGGCUGCAUCCUCGACAGUCAGUUACUGAUUAUCUGAUGGCAGUGAAGGAAGAGACUCAGCAGCUGGAAGAAGAGCUGGAAGUCUUAGGAGAGAGACUGGCCAAUCUUCAGAAAAUGCAAUUAAAUGAUAAUAAAAUCCAGAGUAAGCAGCAAGACCGAAGCAAACAAUUAGGGCUUUCUGCUUCCACCAACAGUUUAGCCAAUACUCCCCAGGAGUACAGCAGUGAUCUGAAAUCAUUCCCAUCCCGGAGCCCUUCACAAGGGGAUGAGGAUUCAGCCUUGAUUUUGACACAGGACAACCUGAAAAGCUCUGAUCCUGACCUCUCAGCCAACAGUGAUCAGGAGUCUGGUGUGGAGGACUUAAGCUGCAGGUCCCCAAGCGGGGGUGGCUGCUUGCCUAGCGAGGACAGUGGUAAGGAUUCAGAUGAAGCUGUAUGUCUGGCAGUCUGAAAUACCUCUUCAGGAGGAAAGGAUCUAGAUGAAGCCAAGUCCUUCAUGGUCUGGAAUGAUGCAUUUUCAUCAGAUGAAGAAUGGGAAUGGUCUGUGGCCUAAAGAAAUAAUCCAAAGAAAGGGAACUGUGCAAUUGUGUAAGUAAAGAUUAAGCAGAACAAGCCAUUAUUAGUUUUUAGACAUAAUGCUAAUGAAAGGUAAUCUCUGCUGUUAUGAAUAUUUAAUUUAAGCCAACGUGGUGUUUGUUUUCACUUUAUCAAUGCUGCACAUAAUUAUUCUUUACUUUGUACAUUUCCAUAUUUAUUGUACAAAAUAAGUUAUUCUCCAAAGACAUGAAAUUCCAAAGUACUCUUACAUAUAUGGACAAAGUUGAAGAUCCACUUAGUGCUAAGCUACUGGUGAAGCAGUCAGAACUUAUUUUUAUAGCUUUUGUUGCCUUCAGAUGUAUUGUGAGCAUCCUUUGUUUUUUCCAUGAGAGGUGUUACUUUUUGAAUUCCAACAAUUAUUUCUUUUGCAUAUUCUCCUACUAGAAUCCUUUAAGGCAAUGUAAACCUAACAAAUGAAUAUGCUUGCUUAGGGAACAAAUGCAGCUUUGAUACUACAGAAGGAUUCCUUAGUAAGAAGCAUGUGAAUGCGUCCCGUUUGUACUCAACUCUCAACCAGUGUUGAAAAUUCAGUAGUUUCUGUGAACAAAACUUCAAGGACUAUAACAAUACUUAACACAAUCUUUGUGGUAAAACAUCCCUUUAAAAUGAAAGAUGUUAGGCUGUGUACUGUAGCCUCUGUCUUUUGUUCUCAAACGUUAUUUAUAGUUUACUCUUGUUCAAAACUGCCUAAGUAAGAUAUAGAGGUAAAGUUUUAAACAUAAUAAAAAUCCAGACUCUUCAGCCUAUUUUGACUCCUACUUGUCAGUCUUAUUUCAAUGGGAGCGAGGUACGUACACAGUCUAAAAUCACUUAUAAAAGUCACCUACAAGUAUUGCUCCAAAUCCAGAAUUAGCAGAUGGUUAUGCCCAUAAAGGAAUUACUGUAUUUCUUCCAAAUUUUAUUGUUCAGACUAACCUAAAAGUUGUUUUUUUUUUUAUCUGCACACAGAAUUUCCCUUAUAGCAUUUGCCAACCUGAGCAUAGCAAUGCUAAUUUAAGACUGAUUCAAAGAACCAUUUUCUAGUAUUAAUUAUGGAAUAGAACAACACAAUAGAAAAUUCAGUCUUAAGUUUGGUUUAAUAAUUUUUUUUUUAAUCGGUAGGAACAAUAGCUUUCAUAAUUAUAGAUAUAGAAAUAAACCAUUGAAAAAUGUUUAAAACUUGGGAUGUUUUGAAACUUACUAGAAGGCUUCCAGAUGAAGCCUCCUCCUCCCCCACCCCCCCAAUUACAGCAAAUUAGUUAAAUAUAUAAUUCACAUCUGCUUUGAAUUCCUUGAAGACAACGAUGUAGCAUUGAGUUCUAAUAAAGCAAAACAUGGUAAUGAUGUAAGUUUACUUUGAUGGCACUUCUUACUACUCCUUCAAGUACAGAUUUACAGGCAGAAUUAAAUUAUAUAAAUAUACCUCAAUUUAGAAGCUUUAGAUUUUCUUACUCAGUCUGCUUUUGCGGAAUGGCUCUUCAUUUUGUUCUAAGAACUUGUUAUUGAGUAGGUAAACCCUCAGUAUCAUUACUAUCCUAAUUAAUAUCCUCUUAAGAGAGCUGCUGUUUUUGAAGAAAGAAUUUAAUUCUUAACAACAUAGAUCUUACUGUUAUACUGGAAAGGCCAGAUUCUCAGUUUGAUAAAUUCCUGUCACUCAAUUAAAAAUAGGGCUAUGAUAACUUACCUUCUGCUGAGGAUCCAGCCUACUGGUUUUUAAUCUUUAUGGCUUUUUAAUGAAUGAAAAUCCUGAUUUUAAUUGUACUUUUAAAAAUGUUUCGUAUUUUGAACAUAGCCUGUAAAAUUUAUGGUAUUAGAGGAGAUUUUGAAUGGGUUUUCUCAAAGUAAAGAAAUAUACUGUAAAGUCAGCAAUGAAACAAAACAUACAGCUAUCUUCCUAAAAAUGAGUUUGAGACUGGGCAAUACCAUUGUGCAUCUUUAAAAUGUAAAAUUGUGUCUCAUGGUAUUGCACCUUAUUAAAUGUUUAGAAACAAAUGCAGAACAGGAAUAUAGGCAUACUCAAAGCACCGUCCUCAUGGAGCUAAUGCAAGUUCUUGGCUAACAUACUAACAUUUUAAAUGAAGUCUUUGCUUAGCAGCCCUCUCUGAUGUGUCUGAGUCCUUGAAAUUCUGCAUUACUUACUAUUGUUUUCAUCAUUGUAAUGUAUGUAUUUGUGACAUUAUUAGCCUGCUGAGAAACACUUUCAAAUAAAUACUUAAGGUCAUGUACUGUUAUGUUAUUUCAUAAUGCUGAAUGAAACAAAGGUUUGCUCUCCCAAUUCUUGUAAUACAGUUCUUCAGCUACUCAAGAGGCAUUUUGUCACUGAGGUCAAGGGAUUAUUUUAUCUUUCCUACUUUCAUACUUGAGUUCAGUACUUUAAACUGUGGAGAAAUCUACAGCUGAAAACAGCUGCUGUCAGUGAACUUGAGUUCAUUAUAUAGGAGUCUGUUACAUCCCUUUAUUUCUUCUAUGCAAAAGGAUGAGCAAACCACACUAUGAACUACCUUAAUUUCUUGGAGCCUUGUAGGGAUCUUCCCUCUGCUGCAAAUCCUUGCAAAUCUGGCAUGAAUCCACUGUAAUUUGAAAUAGGACAGACAUGAGCAUAACAAACUGCUGGGAAGAAGGGAUUAGAAGUGUAUUAGAGGUUUCUGCAGUGUAACUUUAACCUCAGAACAGUUCAGGCUGUUCUUUAGUAUGAAAAUGUGUAUCUAGAGGACACUGAGGGUAAUGAGAUCAAACAGUGAAAGUUUUUCCUACACAUGAUGUCCAGCUGAAGAACAGACCAAGUGUAUUCAUCAACUGCUUUUAAUAGUAGCUCUAUACACAACAUAGAUAAAGGUAGUAAAUUGGAUUCUGAAAAGCUGAGAAAUAAGAGGAAAUAAGUUGGAGGGGACAGCUGAGAUUGAGCAGUAUCAUUACAAGCAAGGAAGAAAAAAUAACAGAAGGAUGGAGGCAGGGAGUAACGCUCUCUAAAAUGACUGGGAGGGGAACCACAUACUUUGAAGAUAUGGGGCAAGUCAGAACACAAGUUUACAUAGCAUAAAAAGUGGUUGAUGACAGAAAUCAGUCACAAUUAAAAUCCAGCAAUAACAAAGAGGUAAUCUUUGCAAUGAAGAUAAGGAUUUUAUCACAAGCUAACUUGAUGCUUAACCAAGGACAUUGCCCUGAUCUGCGCACAGAAUCCUCAAGUUUAUCACUACCUUAGCCAAGGCAAUGGGACGAUUUUCCAGCUGAAGCUCGAGCACAGCUUUCACGUUGGCUGGUCACUGUUCCAUGCUAUAGUGCAGAGAUAGGUAAACACUACAGUGACUGAAAAACAGUGACAGGUAAGUUUCUGACAAUUUCUCUGUGAAGGGAGGAACAUGUGGUACAGAAAGUAAGUUGCAAGUAGGUCAAUUUAUACAGUAUUAAGACUAAUGAAAUAUCUGCCAAAGUUCUAGGGCCAGGAGCACAGCAAAGCUGGAAUUCAGAGACACCAGAAACAUUGCCAGAGAAUGGGGAGAUGGGAAGGAAUAUUAAAAUAAGCAUUCAACUUUAUUUACAUGAUUUAAAUUGCCAGUAAAACAUAAGGAGACAGAAAAUGAAAUUAUUUUACAUCUUAAAAUUUAGUGGUCUCCUAAUAUAGAUCGUUCUGUAAAAGAAGCUAAUGAAACUUUACUGGUUCACUAGAAUCAAUAACUGAAUUCAGUCAAGGACCUGUUUUUAAGUCUACUGGUUGUCAAGCUUACUCUGAUUAAUUUAUUGUUUCCGAUGAUUAAAUAAUGUAGUCAUUUUCUUACUUUGUUAAAGUAUUCCCUUAUUAUUGGUGUUGUACAUAGCAAUAAGCUACAAAGAACGAUGUUAAAGUUGAUAUCUAUAGCUGUCUGACCAAACUACAGCAUUUACAAAAGCAGUAGCCAGAGCUGCAAUGUGGGUUUUCAAAACCCAUUUCAGUGAAGAUGGCUCUAGUAAUUACUGCUGUUGAAAGGGUUAAGCUGGAAAAACUCAAAUCACUACAUACAAAGAAUGAAAGUUUGUCUUUGAGUAGCUUACUGCACCAGUUUCCAACACAAUUCUGUAUCCACCCAACAACUCCUGAAAUACACAACUCUAUCCAUAAUUUAAGACAAUUACCAGUUUUGUUAAAAAUCCCAAAGCCUUUAUUUGUAUGUUUAACACACCACAGUAUUUAUUAUUCAGAAUAAUGUACACAAUAAGGCUGUAAUAACUGACUUUAACUCUCUUGCCAGUGUUUUAAUUUAGCUUUACCUGAAUGUCUCUAAGAGAGAUUAUUCCUAGUCUUCAGAGGGAGUAGUAAGAACUUAGACAGAAACAAGACUAAAAGAUUUCUAACUUCUGUAUUUGGUCAAAGUCCAAAGUGGCAAAACUGCAGGAGUAUGUAUAAAGUAAAUACAGCAAUUACAGUAGAUUAGGUACUACUUAGAUCUAACUUUCUAGUCUUUUGCUUGUGCUGGUGGUUAGCAUAGCUGUAUGUAUCUGACAAUCUCUGUCUUUCAGAAAAGUUAGCAAGUCAAAUAUACUGUGAAAUCUAAGAAAAACUUUCUUCUAUAACCCCCAGCAGAACGUACCAUUAACAGCAGUUAAAAUGAAACCUACUUGAUUUCAGACACAUUUUAAAGUUUCUCUGGUCUGCAAUAUCAUCAGUUAUAAUUGCUAUAUGGAGAAUUCACUUCUGGAUUUAAGUAGUCUCUUGACUCAGGGAAGAACAAGAGGCCUAAAUUCAGCUUAAAAACCACCAUUUUGCAAUGAGAUGAGGUAUUUAAAGAUGCAAAAUCAGACUCAAUUAGCAGUUACAAUACAUAAUGUGCCCUUGAACCCACCCCAAACUACUGCAAUACCAACAACAAAUUGCCUCCUUACUUUUGUAUUUCUUACUCAUUUCACUUUUCCAUUUGGCAUAACACCUCGGUACGAGCUUUACACAAUGCAAGGCCAUUCAGAAACCAGUCACUAUAAGCAGCCUACUACUUCAGGCUGCUUAAAAGUUCACUUGACACAUUUCAAAAGACUUUUAGGAUAUGCAUCUAACAGCUGCUUCCAUCCUCUUACACUUCAUAGGGAAUUGUUUAAAGCUGGAUUUACAACUACACUUCACAUUUCUGUAAAAUAUAAUAAAGAAUAUGCUUAACAGUGAACAACUAGCAAGCUAGAAGCCAACUAACUCUGACAGAGUAUUUAUCACUGUUCUACCCUGUCUUCUGGUGACAGUAUGAAGGUUACAUAUAAGAAAAAUGUUUGCAUUGGCACAAAUGAUGUUGGACUUAAAAGAACAAAGCAACAAUAGAAAAAACAACAGCAGGUUGGUUUAUCUUUUAAGGGUCAUAAGGAUGCCAUUCCUGCAUAUUUUACAGGACACCUGUAGUUAGCCAAGUACACUGUUACUGGAUUCAGGGACUUCUGUGCUCCUUUGAAUGGGUUUGUGACCAACAAAAAAAAACAACAGGGGAAAAAUCUCCUUAGAAAUAGGAACAGAUAUGAGAGAGAAAAUAAAAAGGGAGAUGAGAGAGGUCUUUCAACGUUGAUACCCCUGAAAAAGAAACACUGUACUAAGAACUUGCACGGAAGACUGACAUACCAUCAGAACCUU